CCCGCGUCCCAGUGUCUCAGACUUGAGCAAAUUCAGCUCCUCACCACUUCUAGUCUACCUGAGCUCCCAGCUGGAAGCCUUAGUCUGGCCCAACUCAGGUGUGCUAACUCCGCCCCCAUUCUGAGGCUGGGCCCCAUAGGUGGAGGGAAGUUGUAAAGAUCGUGCCCUGUCACUCCUUCCUUGGACACGGAAACUCAGUAGCCCCCUGCCAGAAUGCCGGAUGCCAGGUUCCUGGACCGCGCGCUCGCCUUGCUCGUCUGCCUGCUCUCCAAUAUCCAACGAGUAAGCACCAACCAGGUUAUAAUCAACUGCGACACCCUAAACUGCCCCAUGGGAUUCAAAUGCUGUGAGAGUGGAUGCUGCCCGGAGAAGAAAAACAUAUGGAAUUCUUCAAACGACUCUUUAAGGAUCUUGUUCAUCGUCUUCCUGGUUAUGAUACCUCUGUUGUUCAUCUGCGGCUUGGUGAAGCGCUUCUGUUGCAAGUGCAGAGAGCCAGAGCAGAACCUCAGAAGGAAUCGUCAGAUACCUCCAGAAGCACCUACCAUUGCUCCCAUAGAGAUGAUCUGGGUCACCACCUUGGAUCCCCCACCACCCUAUGAUCAGGUCAUAUUGAAGCCUGAAGAACCACCUCCUCCCUACAGCCUCAGGCCUGAGGACCCUGCUGGUCAAAUGAGAGGCACUGACAGCACAGCCUUUUGAGCUACCUCACCACAAACUUUUUGGAUCGAGCCCAGGACUUCGUAACUCUGGAAUGACUCUCAUCUUUGAUUUAAUUUAUUGUUUUUCUCCCCCUGUCCCUCCCCAACUGCCAAGCUGGAUUCAUGGUCUCUGUCCCAACUCCGAAGCUAAAGACUGUUGAGGGUGCCUGUAGUGGGAAGCAGAGAUCAUUCUAGCAUUCUAGUGGAAUGCAGACCUUGACUGGACAGCUGGCUCUGCCAUCCUACAGAAGCACUUCUGUGUCUGGGGGAGAUAGGAGACUGAACUGCAUGGACUCCAAACCACCUUCCAGACAGGACCCCACUGUACCUCCAUAGCCAAGCUAAAGUUUCACUGACUGAUCUCUGACCAGUUCUGAGGCUAAGCUCCUGCCAACUCCUUCCAAUGGUGACUGAGUACGUUGACCAUCUGCCUGGGAGGAUUGUGCAUCCUAGCUGAGAAUGAAUGCUUUGACCUUAAGAUUCCUGGGGCCUGUGGGUACUAAAGAAAUGGACUGGAGAGUUCCCCGGAUCCGAGUCUCAUCUCUGCUUUCUGGAAGACCAGAAAUUGAUAAGCAUGGAACUCUUAGGGAGGUACAGGUCAGAAGGCAGGGUAGAAGCCUGGAGAGGCAGGUGUAGUUAAGACCAUGGAGUGAUGCCUACAGAAUGCUUCCUUCCGGAUUCCUUUCCAGAAUUUCCUGGAGGGAGAAGGGUGCCAGACCCCACCCUGUUCUUCCUGCUGAGCAAUAGGUGCCAGGCACUGUAGCCUAACCCCGCCCACAGCUAACCCCUAAAGGGAAGAAGACUGUCCUGUGGCUGAGGAGCUGAAGAAAGCUCAGUCCUGUGUGCAGUACAGCUUGGAGCUUCCACUUGCCCUCAGGUCAAGGCCAGCCUUCUUUUUCAGACACUAGAGAAAUCCCACAGUUGGAGUUUUGACCUGCAGCAGGAGGUCACCUGCCUGUCACUGAAGAUAGUGUACGGCUUUUAAUUUCUCUGCAGCAACUGUGAUGUGGCCUGAAGAGAGUGACUUUUCCCAAAGCUCGGUGCCUGCAAUAACUUGUUUUUAUUUUUAAUGUUCAUUGAUGUUUGCCUCCUCGUGUGUAUCUGUGAGGGUGUUGGGCCGCUUGGAACUGAAGUUUCAAGUUGUGAGCUGCCACAUAGGUACCAGGAGUUGAACCCAUGUCCUGGAAGAGCAGCCGGUGCUGUUCACAGCUGAGCCAUCUCUCCAGCCCCUUGAAUGGACUUCUACUGUUGGUGGGAACGGGAGAGGUGUCACCGUUUCAGAGGUGAUCUUUCCUUUCAUGUCACCGAUAUUUAUAAAGCCAGUAUUCUAUGUCUAGCCUGGUAUCCAGGAUGAGGUCAGGUGCAAUUCUUCAGAUAAGUCUGCAGAGAGGCCUGUGCACUAAAUCUCAUGGAGAUGUGUAUCUCCUGGUGCACUGGACUGGGUGGGGUGUAGCUAUGGUCCCCAUCCAUUGCCCUAUGGAAGCUUGUUCUGAAAGACAUGAGCACCCACACUGAACACCACCUGUCCCCUAAGCAUGAAGAAGGACCUGCUGUGCCGACCUACAUCAUGUCUGCCAUUUACUGUUGGGAGUAAAGGGGAGUUCAGGGCAGCUUUGGUUUGUAAAUAAACUUCACCAUUACAUUUUAAAA